CGGGGAGGGCAGGAAGGGCACAGUAGAGAGGGAGGUCCCUAGCUGCCUUCUGUGGUGGGGUUUGGUGCUUCCUCCUCCCCGUCAAUCAGGCUUGCUGCCAUGGGGCUGGGAGUGUUCUGGGCACUUGCCCUGUCCUCAGCUCAGCAGCCACUGGCACACUUGUUGGGCAGGUGGACAGCAGAGUGAGCCCUCUGUUAGAUCUGCGCUCGAACCAUCGCUGUGCAGCAGCUCAGCUCUGCAGAUGUAAUCAAGACCACCAUGGUGUGAUCUAAUCACUUCCACUUCCUUCUUCUUUGGGGCUGAUAAGCGGGACACUGCUCGUGUGCUGGACACGAGAGCAGCCCACUGGGGCAGGGUGUGCACCCACAGCUGCUGCAGAGCCCAUGCCAGUGCUCGUGGGUGCUGCUGGUGUUCCUGAGCCAUCGUGUCACAGCCCAGCCAAGCCCUGGGGCUUGUGGUAGACAGGCUGCACUGCCCAGCGAGGGUCCGCCAGUGACACCACGCCCGCAGCUGGGGUCUGCCUCACACACUCCAGCCCAUCCAAACCUCCCUUCCCAGCACAGUUCAGGCUGCUGGACCUGUCCCCGGGGUCCCUUGUUGUCCCCAGCAGCCCAGGGACCAGUAGGCUGUGCUCUGGGCUGGGCCAUGCCCGCAGCCUGUUUCUGCCCAGGCCUUUCUCACGCUGGCUCAGCCGGGAGCUUCUGCUCCCACUCGGUUCCUGAGGGUUUUAGAUCUGGGCUUCCCAGUGUGGGAGAAGAGGGGACAGCACUCCUACGCCACUCAGGGUGACACCAUGGCCCUGCUGGGGUGAGGCUGAAUGGGACUAAGACCCUCUCGGACCAUUCGGGGUGCCUGGUUACAGCCCCACGGUCCUCACCUAACACACCCAUCGUCCUGACCUAACACACCCAUCAUGGCGGCGCGCGCUGCCCGCCACACCCACCAUGGUGGCUCCGCGCACGUCCUCCCAAGAUGGCCGCCCUGCCCGGCCUUCCCGCCCGCUACCAAGAUGGCCGCCCGGGAGCGCCGGACAUGGCGGCCGUCUGCGGGCACUGUGAGGGCGAGGCGGGAUGUCACUUCCGGUCGCGGUGGCGGAAGCGGCGGCCGGGCUCCCAUGGAGACGGGCGAGGGCCGCCCCGGGGUGGCGGCGACGCUGCGGGCGCUGAACGAGGCCCUUGGGCGGCCCGCCACGCUCUGGGUGAAGGAGAGCGGCGCCCGCAACCUGCGCCACCGGGAUUUCCUGGCGCCGCGGGCCGCGCUGAGCGCCGCCUUUCCCGGCGGGCAGGUGCCUCCCGAGGCUGUGUCGGCUGUGUCGUCGCUGCGGGGCCCGGCAGUGCUGCCGCUGCGGGUUUGCCGGCAGACGCCGGCGGGGCUGGCGGUGCAGGUGCGGCGCCCUGAGGCCUUCCAGCGCCUGCUGGGGGCUGUGCCCGGCCCGGCCCCCCCCGCGGCGGGGCCGCGGACGGGCUGUGUGGUGCUGCACUGCCCGGCCCUGCGCAGCCCCGCUGCCCUGCGGCCCCGCCACCUGCGCGCCGUCCUGCUGGCCGAUCACCUGGCCCAGCUGCUGCGUUCCCAGGGGGUCGGCGUCUGCCUGGUCCCUGCCCUUAGCGAGGAGAAGAGCUGGGAUGUCCUGCGGCAGCUCCGCAUCUGCUGGCCCUCCGGCCCCGGUGGCUCGUCCCUCACUGACGCCGUCUCGGCCUUGAAGGCAACGCUGGGCCGGUGCCCCUGUGCCACAGACUGUGAGCAGGGGCAGGGCACAGCCGAGGGUGUCAUCUGCAAGGUGCACCUGAAGAGUUUUGUGGAGCAGCAGGGCUUGUUGGGCUACGACCCCAAUCUAGAUGUGCUUCUUGUGACAGAGGGGACACUGCGGUCCUUGGCUGAGCUGCAGGAAGCUGUUCUGCAGUGCCCAGCCGAAGGCCAGAGCAGUUGCUGCAGCAUCGUGCAUGUGGUGAACUGUGAGGAGGAAUUCCAGCAGCAGCAGCUGGAUGUGCUCUGGAGGAUUUUGGAUCCAGGAGCCCACACAGCUUUGCAGAAACACCUUGUCUGUGGGCCAGUGAAAGUGACCAAGCCGUCAUCGCCCAUUGGGGCUGACCAGUACUUCCAGCUCCGAAAGCGCCAGAUGUAUGAAGCCUCUGUGAUGAAGUAUGGGGAGCUUGCGCAAGAUGAGGCCUGGACAGAGGUGAUUGAUACCUUGACAGUGGCUGCCAUCAGGUUUGAGAUGCUGAGCACUGCACACCGGAGUCAGAUCACCCUGGACCUGGAAAACAACAGCAUCUCCACAAAGGGAACAAAGAGUGGUGCCUUUGUGAUGUACAAUUGUGCCCGACUGGCCACGCUCUUCAACACCUUCCAGCGGGCUGUGGAGCAGGGCACAUAUCCACCUCUGCCACCAGCAUCUGAACUGAACUUCUCCUGCCUCCGAGAAGAGGGUGAAUGGCUCCUGCUCUUCAACUAUCUCCUGCCCUUCCCUGAAGUCCUGCAGCAGGCAGCACAGCUGCCCCCACCCUCCAAGGGGAUCCGGAUCACUGCCAACACAGAGACAGUAUGCAAGUUCCUGAUCCAGCUCAGCAUGGAUUUCAGCUCCUACUACAACCGGGUGCACAUCCUGGGGGAGCCAUUCCCUCAUCUCUUUGACCAGAUGUUUGCCCGUCUCCAGCUGCUGGGAGCAGUAAGGGAUGUGUUCCACAGUGCAUUGGCAACCCUGCACCUCUCUCCCCUCAGCCAGAUCUGAGCCAGCCCUGAGGAGCCGUACCAUGGUGUGACAGUCACCUACACGCCAGACGUGGGGGGAGAACAGGGCACAUGCUUCUGGCAGGGCGAGGGGCUGCCCUAGUGGCAGGCAAGGCACAAUUCAGCCCCACACAGGCGUUUCCUCCCUUCCCAUGGCCCAUGGGGUUUGGGGAUUGGUCUGUGCUCUCUGCAGCUGUGUCAGCUCUCUGUGAGCUGGAGAUGGAUGCCCCUCCACAUCUACACCAGCAGAAGAGAAAAAGGCUUCUGUGGCACCCCAGAAGCCAGGCUGGGAGUACUGGGGAGGUGGCACCAGGGACCAGUCACCACAAAGCCAGACAGAUGCCAACUUCACUUCCAUAAAAACUUUAUUGAAGGGUGUUCCUUGCUGGCAGGGACCCCUGAGGCUCCAGGCUCAUGUUGGGCUCUGAGCCAGGCCCCAGUACUGGGGUCCAAUACACUUGUUGCUGGACAAAU